GCGUGUUCAGUGAAACUUGUUGUUUGCGAUAUGUCAUUUUGAGGCUUGUGCAAUUCCAGUAGGGAAGUCCAUAUUUUAACCAUUGGCCUCAAAUACUGUGAUAAACACACAGCAGUUCUGCACAGAAAACGCACAGUUUGUCAAAGGAUUUGUGCACAGUGAAAAUUUGGUUUGCAGUCCACUUGACAGAAUGCGACUGUCAUUAAUCCUUCUGUUUCUCCAUCUAUGGGGACAUGUGGAAGUUUCUUUCUCAGAAAACGUAUGUUCAAGGCUUCCAAAUGUUCCUCACUCCUAUGUGUCAGAAAAUACUAAAAAAGUUGAGUACCGCGAAGGAGAUGUGAUACAUUUCACAUGCGAGACUGGUUAUAUAUCUGGUCCAACCCUCAGAUAUAUAUGCACAAAUACUGGCUGGGAGAGUUUGCGUCAGGGAAAAUGCAACUUAAAGCCAUGUGAACUCCCUGAGGACGUUCCCAAUGGCUAUUAUGAAAUUAUCCGCGGAGAAGAGCUCGUUUUUGGAACAGCUAUCAAAUACUUUUGCAAUCUAGGGUAUACAAUGGGAGAUAGCGAUGGCACCCGAACUUGUCAGUUGGACGGAUGGAGUAGUACUGUGCCAGUAUGUGAAACUGCUGAGGGUUGUGAGAAACCACCACAUCUUUCAAAUGGAGACCUGAAGGAAAGUUCCAGACUGCAGUACAGCCAUAGUGAAAGCGUUGAGUACAUCUGCCAGGAUUACUACAGAAUGGAGGGUGGGCCGUACAAAACCUGUGUAAAUGGUCAAUGGACUGGAGAGAUGAGAUGCCUCAGAAUCCCUUGUGCAGUUGGAGUAAUGGACCCUAAUCUGCAGGUAAAUGGAUUACCACAAGGGAAUGAAGCGAUAAGGACUGGGGACACAUUACAUUUUCGUUGUGCUGAUCAGUAUAAACUGGAAGGUUCUGAAGUAAUCGAGUGUUUAGAAACUGGGUACUGGAAUGCUUCCUUUCCAUCCUGCUCUGAUGAAUGCAAAGUCACAAGAAAAUCAGACAGUGUAAGAAUCACAUCACACAUACAAGGCAAUCGGCUAAAGAAAGGACAAAAGCUAACCUUUACUUGCCUUAGACGUAACCACUUUAUGCAAGGCAAUAAAACAGUUGAAUGUUUGGCAAAUGGACAGUGGAGCAAUCCGUUUCCAACAUGCGGAGAUCCUGUGGGUUGUGGGAAACCACAACCACUCUCAGAUGGAGACACCAAAAUCAGUACUAAAAGGCAAUACAGCCACGGAGAAAGGGUUGAGUAUAUCUGUCAAAAUUACUACAAAAUGGAAGGUACACCAUAUAAAACCUGUGAAAAUGGUAAAUGGACUGGACAGAUGAGAUGCCUCAAACCCUGCACUGUAAAUAGAGAAGACAUGAACAAACACAAUAUUCAAUUCAGAUAUGUCAGCGAUGAUAAGCUGUAUUCAGAACAUAAUGAUGUAAUUGAGUUCAUAUGUAGCAGGGGAAGACGUGUUGGCAGUUUGGAAAUGCGUCAGACGUGCAUUGAAGGCGUAAUGCAUCUGCCCACAUGCCAAAUGAAGCUACUGAAAUUCUCCUCAGAAAACAUUCGUCAAAAGAACAUGAAGCUGUCUUUAAUCCUUCUGUUUCUCCAGCUGUGGGGGUGUGUGGAAGUUUCUUUGUCACAAAACGUGUGUUCAGAGCUCCCAAAUGUUCCUCACGCUCAUGUGUCAGAAGGAACCAGCAAAGCUGUGUACCAGGAAGGAGAUGUGAUACAUUUUUCUUGUGAAUCUGGUUACAUAUCAGAUCAGAUCUCGAAAUUUGUAUGCACAGCUGAUGGUUGGCUGGUUGUCCAUCAGGGAAAGUGCUACUCAUGUUCAACACUUCCAGAUGUUCCCCAUGCCCAAGUAACACAAGAGACAAGAACAUCUCAGUAUCAAGCAGGACACAUGAUACAUUUUGCUUGCGAACCUGGCUAUACAUCAGCUCUCACCAUCAAAUACGUAUGUACAACUGAGGGCUGGCAGCCACUCCAAAGGGGGUCGUGCUACCUUUCAUCUUCCAGAUGUGACCCUCCUCCUACAGUUCAAGGGUUAACAGUGAAAGGUUUACCAGAAAAUUGUAUUCCCAUACGUCCCAAUCACAUCCUCACAUUCAGCUGUGAUGGUCCUGGGAAGUAUCUGAAUGGCAUUUCUAUGCUGAUAUGUGGAGAAGACGGACAAUGGAAUAAUCCAUUCCCGACUUGCAUAGAUCGAUCUUGUAAAAUCGGUGUUAUGGAUCCUCAUCUCUACGUAGCUGGAUUACCACCAUCAAAUGAAAUAAUGGCGACUGGACAUAAAUUGCGUUUUCUUUGCAGCAAUACACGUGUACUAAUUGGUUCUACAGAAAUUAAGUGUUUAGAAAAUGAACAAUGGAAUUCCCCCUUUCCUACUUGCUCUGAGAAAUGUACAGUCCCUGAAACACCAGCAGGUCUAACAAUCACCGCAGAUGUAACAGACGAUCAAAUGAAAAAAGGACAACAUCUAACAUUUGCUUGUGAAAACAGUAAUCACAUCAUCAAAGGGAAUGCAACGCUUGAAUGUUUGGAAAAUGGACAGUGGAGCAAUCCUCUUCCCACAUGUGAAGCUGCCAAGCAAUGUAGGACGCCACCACAUCUUUCAGAUGGACGGACCAAAACAUGGACUAGAAACACGUACAGACACAAUGAAAAGGUCGAAUAUGUGUGUGACAGAGACUACGGCAUGGAGGGUGGGCCGUUCAAAACCUGUGUCGAUGGUGAUUGGAUUGGAGAGAUGAGAUGCCGCCGUGCCCAGGGUUGUGGGAGGCCACCACCUCUUUCAGAUGGAGACACCAAAACAAGUACUAAACAGCUGUACCAACAUAAUGACAAGGUUGAAUAUAUCUGUCAGCGUUAUUACGUCAUGAAGGGUGGACCGUUCAAAACAUGUAAUGAUAGUGAAUGGACUGGAGAGAUUAGAUGCCUCC